CCAUCACAACUUAGUCUCACCACAUCCCUUCAGGCUCCCACACACAACCCCAAUGCUCACGUAGCAAAAGUCUUGCUUAUCAGUGUUGAAACCACGUACCAGGAAGCCGUCAGGUGAGUCUGGAGUCAGCGUCAUUCCCAGAUUCACUUUGCUGCAGUUUGAGUUCCUCUCCUCUCCCACGAUGCAUUUGUACACGUCUCCUUUCCUGUUGUUGGGCGGCCCGUCCCACGGAGCACCGACCAGCAUCCUGCAACAGAACGACACAGUCAGUCAUUUAUCAUCACAACACUCAUUGUACAUCCUCUUUGUGGGCAGUAGUGGUCGGUUUCCCAUGGUAACCAUCAACCACGGUUGGUUGGCUGUAUGUUAAUGCUACUUCCCCAGCAGCCAGGUGCCAUAAAGAAGACCUCCAGGGUGUUUCUGCUGGAUGUAGAAGGAGGCGAAGGCGACCCUGUGGUUGAGCGGCUGUGUGGCGCGGUAGUUGUCCUGCAGCAGCAUCCUGUCUGGAUCUUCGGCUUUGCUGGAGUAAAGUAUCGUCUCCAUCUUCAGCAGCUGGAGUGGAGAGGUGAAGAGGAGAAGGAUAGAAAAAAAGUCCUGAGACUAAAACAGAAAUAGAGCAGCCCUGCCUCGACUCUCCAUGCAGCACGGGCGACACAUGAGUGGGCCGGACCGUGAGUGCCCGGGUAUCCGUCCAAUCAGCGCCGAGUAAAGCAAUCACUGGCUGGGAGAAGCAGCCAGUAGCGUGCGGCGCCGCCGGGCCGGCAGCCAAUAGGAUGCGCGUAAAACGUGGGCACGUGGAUCCGCGCACAUGUUGACGCUCGUAAACUGGCGAGAGAAGCAGCUCGUACAGACACAACCAGAGGAGCGGCCGGCAGGGAGGUGUGUGAGUUUGUAGAGAGAGAGAGAGAGAGAGAUGCUGCUCCAGCUCCGAGUCUACUGACGGAUCUGUCCUAUCAAAGCAGGAGAAAGAGCCUUUAAUGUUUCUAGCAGCUGCUGUUUUAUCAUCACAUUACUGAAGCAAUGCAGUCCCAGGGCAGCACUUCCUCUCAGCCCUCCUUCGAUUCCCUGAGCUCCAGUGACAGCCUCUUGUUCAGCGACUCGGAGCAGGCGGAGGACGACACAGACGUCUUCCUGACAGACAGCUCUCCCUCUGUCAUCAUCGGUGGCGUGGGCGGGGUCGCGGCCAAUGGAGACAGAGGGUCGGAGAGUCCCGGGUCCCAGUGGACGUGCGACGGCUUCACGGAUAAAGAGGAAGACGAGUCGUACAGGUCGGAGAGCGGCGGCAGCAAGGCGGCUCGCAUCGGUUUGGACGAGGCGAAUCCUUCAAGCCAGAUACCAAAAUCACAGGGAGAUCUGCUGUUUGCUCAAAAGUGUGCUGAGCUACGGGGUUUCGUCAGGCCCCUGUUGGAGCUGCUGAAUGGACUGAAGAGGGGCCGAUUCGAUCGAGGUUUGAGCAGUUUCCAGCAGAGCGUCGCCAUGGAUCGAAUCCAGAGGAUAGUGGGCGUUUUACAGAGACCUAACAGCGGGGAGAAGUACCUGAACACUCUGCUCCAGGUGGAGGUGAUGCUGAAGGUUUGGUUUCCUCAGAUCCACACUCAGCCCGUCUCCGUGGCCUCCAGCGUCGCCACAUCCCCUGCUCGCUCCUCCCACAACACUUCCAGCGCCACCCCGCCGCACAAGCACAAGGAUCAGUUGCACAUUCCCGUCAAGAAGCGCAGACUCAGCUGGACAGGUACGGACUCCCCCACGCCUUCCCCCGUGCUUCUCAAGUGCCCUCGUAUCAGUGCGGAAGAGAAGAAGGUGAAGCAAGAUUGCGACAAAAGUAACGGCCCGUCUUCUCCAUCGUUGGCGCCUGAUGCAAACCAAAAGUCGUCAGAUGUGGCCGGUAACAGCCAGCUAAAUGAGGACACAAAGGGAAAGGACAGUGACGGGGAGGAACUAGGCAAGCAAUCAAAAUACAAAGCGGGUCAAAGCUCUGAGCCGAGCCUGACUUGGGUUCACGUCGCCCCGAUCCUGUCCCCGCGAAAGGCCUGCCCUUCACACAAGGGCACGACAGCGGCGGGUAACAAUGAAAACCAGCCUGUCGCUGCCGUCCUGCCACCUGGACGGAGGGGCAGUCCAGCCAUGCAAGACAGCUCCAUCUCUUCCACCACACCCUACAACAAGCACCCCAAAAAUCUGAAGAAGCCAAUCCGGUGCCAAAGCCAGCCUACUGCUGGACAACAGAGCGUAAGCGAGACCGCCGAGACAUGUCAGAGUCAAAGUCCUCAAGUCACGCUUACGCCUUUGCCCGAGGUGUGCCCCACCCCCUUGGAGACCUGAUGCAUUGAACAAGCAAAGAGCCGGCAGCCUCGCUUUGUUUACACCACCGGGCUGAAAGCUGCUGCCUGAGGAAGAAGGGACGAGGCUGCAGGCCUGUGAUUAUAGAUGCAUUAAAGGGAGGAAGGGGAGGAAAGAAUUGUAGGUAACAAAUGAUGGAUCAUACAAAACCCCUCAUCAAAACCACAACUGCAACCGAUAUUUCAAAAAGGACAUAACGUGUUUAAAUGAAUCAAAUCAGUUCGGGUUGAUGAUCACAAUUACACAAGAAGCUAAAGGUGCACAAAAGCAGUUGUGGUUGAGGGGGAUAGGAAAGAAGAAAGCCUAAAGCUGAAAGGCUAUUUACAGCUUAUUGAUCAAUAGGAGAGAUUUUGAAGAAUUUUCAAAAAGCAAAUAAUAGUUUCUCCUCCGCAUGAAAGCAAUCACUAUAUUCCGAGAGUACUGUUUCGGCAUCUAACUUGAGGGACGUACUCGAUCAGAAAUUAGAAAGGCUGAUGUCAAUAUUCAGAAUGAAAGCUUCCAGGGUUUACUGUGAUGAGGUAACUUCAAACCAGAGUGAGCAACACAGGGUGAGCUGAAUUUGAUGCUAGUCUUACAGCAGCAGACGUGUUUGACGUUACAUCCACUUGUAGAUAGAAUUGAGGCAUCUGGCGUGACAUUUGAAGUCCUUGGAAAUCUUGUAGCUAGAGAUGUGAGAAACGCAGUGUACAGAACGCAGCAUUAUACUGUACUUGUGGUGUGUUAGUCAUCUGAGACUGUGGAAAAAAAUGAUGUCAUCAACUCACGAAUGCAAUCCAACAACUGUUUGGACGUUUGGCGUCGAGAGGUGUGUCAUCACAGCGAUCAGAGGUAAACUUGUCUUGUCAUGCUGUGGAAUCGGAUGUCAAACUGACCGGCAAUCAGUGUCACGAAAAUCCAAGAAAGACUUUUAAAAGACCAGCUAGUGGAAAAAAAAACACGGACUACUCAAAGACACGUGACUCUCGGGUCCCACAGUUAAUUUAUUCAUGUGUUGAUCGGACACUGCAUUUAUUUAUUGUUUGUAUUUAUUUAUUGGGCAGCUGAAUAUCGCCUGCUGUGCGCUUGCAUAGUUUGGCCUACAAUUGUUAUGAGGGGAUUGGGAAGAUGCUGUUUGUGGUUUUUAUUGCUAUCACGAGGAGGAAAACAAAAAAAACGAAGGAAGUGAAAUGUUAUGAUUGGACUAUUGGACUACUGUGCCUUUUUACCAAAUAGGAUGUGUUCAGAAAAGCAUUUUGGUGCUUUCAGUGCAUUCAUACUGCGUUUUGAUUGUUUGCUUGGAUUUCACAAAACCAGUACACUUUCAAUCAUGAAAGCAUACAUGUAGUCAAUUUAGCUUCUAAAGUUAAAAAACACAGCAUCCAAAUCAUAGACUGUAUAUAAAGAUGAACGACACGUCUCCACUUCCUCCCACUGUUCAGAAGUGAAGCCAAAAUAUCCCGGAUACGGGAGCUGCCAUCUCAAGAUUUUGAUGUCAUUUGGAGCCAGAGUCUGCGCGGUAAUGUUUGGGGGGGCUGAAGCGCCAAGGUAUCGAGGUCCCGCCCAUACACCCGCCUGAGCCAAUCACGAGCCGAGCGCGGCCACAGCAUGCUAGCAUGAGCCACCUAGCUGCUGCGUUGGCACCACGGUAGCUGAUUGGUUAGAAGGACUCAACAACUAACCAUAUUAUCUCUAAAACUACAUCUCCGAUCCUAUUGACACACGUUUUAUUACAAAGACUCGUGACGGCUAUGGAAAGUCAAAGUUACAGAGCCUGCUGCUGCGCGUCUACUUCACUCAGAGCAUCUUUCAAUCACAGCUGUCGAUCAUGUCGUCUCAAACCCUUUUUUUAUAGCGUCAAAUAACGAAUUAAAACCAAACUUAUCAGACAAAUGAACACUUGAACAUGCAUCAGCGUGAUAAGAACUACCUAAAAUGACAGAAACCAUCAUUUUAUUUGGCGUGUACUUUGACUUUUUAGUUUGGCCCUUGUCUCAUCCGCUAACCUGGAGGAGGUAGGAUUUAUGACUUAUACUGCAGCCAGCCACCAGGGGGCGAUUAAUUGAGAUGUUUUGGCUUCACUUUUGGGGAGCUGUCAUGUCGUCCAUCUUUAUAUAAAGUCUAUGGUCCAAAACAACAGUAUCAUCAUUAUCUAUCUUCUGCUUCAAAACCUGGCGUCCAGAUCUCGUAUUCAGACAUCUACAGUUACACAAACUGCCUACAUCUCCAACUUCUACACACACACACCAACAGCAGUGGCUACUAAUUGUCAUGUAGUAUUAAAGUAUAGCCUUCCUUUGGAGCUUUUCUUUCGGUUCUGAUCAACAGACUGAACUGCACUUGAAGCUGGUGCUCUUGAAAACUUGAAAAAAACGAGAGAAAAUAUAAAUGCAAGGGAAGAAAAUCUUUAUUUGCACCACCCUCUACUGCUGCUAUUCUGAUUCCAGUUCUAAUUUAGAGAGAUGAAAUCUGGAAAUCUGCUCACAAUAUUCUUCUAAAUGUAGGAGGGGUUUUAGCGAUGUGAUUGGAUUUACCUAUAUUGCAAAAGAAUUGUAAAUAUUUAGACUAAAAUAUUUUUAAAUUGGUAUGAGUGGUUCAUACACUAUUUACAUAAAUCGAGAGGAGGGAUAUCCACGUCUCCUCCAAACACCACAUGUGAACACAGAGCCACUGGCAGCCUCCAUUUUACUGCCUAUGUUUGUGGAGUAAGGACUGCAACGACCCUCAGUCACAGACCCAGAGUCAGACCGUCUUACCCCAUCGUGACGGUACGAUGCGCCAGACGCUGACUCUUGGUGAGAGGCUGGGGGUGUCCUCCACCCCACUCCUGUUUUUAUAUGGUUGUGGUAUGACAGAGAAACCAAUUGCACUUAUUUUUCAGUGUUUAUGUCCUAUUUUCAUGUAUGUUUUCUACUGCAGCGACCACUGCUGAUUGGUCAGAAAUAAUGUCUUGUUUAUUGUAGCUGCCUUUUUUUUGUUUUUAAACUGUAAAAGCUGACUGUAGUUCCCUCCUCGCCUCUCCUCCCCUCCCCUCCCCCAACUCUGCUGCAUUCGUCUGCCCUUGCCCUCUCUCCUUCAUCUCCCUCAAUCCUGUUAGUACCUUUUCUAUCUUAACUAAACUCUGUCUUUCUCUCACUCCCAUCUUACAUGAUAUUACUCUUCUGGCUACUUUUUUUCAAUAAUGAUGAACAGGAAAAAAAAAUCUUUUAAUAAAUGACACAUUUUUGAAACCUGAA